AUGCAGAAGCUGCAGGGCCUUUGGCAGACUCAGCAUGAUAGGCAGCUGAUGGGUGAAAUUAUUGGCUCGACUAUGAUUUGGGACCAGGAGUUCAAUCAUGAAAAAUCGUCUUUAAAGGUGCUAGCUAAUGGGACGUACCAGAUGGAGCUGAUGGGCUCCCUUCACAAAGCCACGUUUGAGGAGCCUGGCUCCCUCAAGUGGAGCGAUGGUGAAGUCUGGGUUAAAGUCAGAUGA